UAAUCUAGGGUUUUAGAUCAUCUUCUUCCUCUCUCGCUGCAUAUUUCGCUACUGCCUCUGUGAGUGCCUUUUUCCUGCCUCACUCUUUGCUUCAAGAGACAGCUAGCCAUGGCGGACAAGGCAGUCACUAUUCGUACCCGCAAGUUCAUGACCAACAGGCUUCUCGCCAGGAAGCAAUUCAUUAUUGAUGUACUUCAUCCUGGAAGAGCCAAUGUCUCAAAGGCUGAGCUGAAGGAGAAGUUGGCUAGGAUGUAUGAGGUCAAGGACGCCAAUGCUAUUUUUGUUUUCAAGUUUCGCACACAUUUUGGAGGUGGGAAAUCAACAGGAUUUGGUUUGAUUUAUGAUUCCGUUGAGAAUGCCAAGAAGUAUGAGCCAAAGUAUAGGCUCAUCAGGAAUGGGCUUGACACUAAGGUUGAGAAGUCUAGGAAACAAAUGAAGGAAAGAAAGAACAGAGCCAAGAAGGUCCGCGGUGUAAAGAAGACCAAGGCUGGUGAUGCUAAGAAGAAAUGAGUCUUGUGCAGACAAAAAUCUCAUUUUGGGAUUCUUUGGGUGACCUUCGUAUUUUUCUUUUGGCAUUGUGUGAGCCAUAACUUACUGUUGAUUUUGUCUGACUUUGGGGCAAUUCAGUUUUGUUUUCCCUUAGGAAUGUCUUAUGGAAGAGAAUCGUCAUUAGUUAGUAUUACCUGUUACUGUUAUUCUAGUAGAGUUCUUAUCUGCAUUGGAAGUUUGUUUUGAUCAACUUUAAAAGUGUUAAAAGAUAUUUCAGUUCUACCGUCUUGUUUCAGUCCCU